AGGCGCUAAUUAAAAGCUUGGAAAGUGUUAAAAAUGAUUUUUUUUUGUACGGAGUAGCAAUGAAAAUGUCUAACAACAACGCAGAGUCCUCUGUUUUGAAUAUAGCAUUUUACCCAUGGUUUGCCCUUGGCCACCUUACAUCUUUCCUCCGCUUAGCCAACAAACUCGCCGAAAGAGGUCACAAGGUCUCCUACUUUCUCCCAACUAAAACAAGUUCAAAACUAGCUUCUCACAACCACUACCCCGACCACCUUACUUACGUCCCCAUCGACGUCCCGCACGUCGAUGGGCUCCCUCUCGGGGCCGAGACGACCAACGAUGCGUCCGUCUCAUCCGCGCCCCUUAUCAUGACUGCCAUGGACAUGACUCGUGAUACUAUCGAAUCCCAUCUAGCUCUUCUAAAACCCGACUUGGUGUUUUAUGAUUUUGCGUAUUGGAUCCCUGAGUUGGGUCGAAAACACGGGUUCAAAUCGGUUCAUUACAUCACUGGAUACAUAGCAAGAUAUGCUGGUUUUGCCGCGUACAUUAAGGCAACCCAGUAUAAUUCCGUUGACCCUCCAUUGACCCUACCGUCGCCGGAAGUUUUUCGACGGCGAGCUCAUGAAGCCAAGGUGAUGGCUAGUAUAAGUAAAAAGGCAUUCGGACUAAAAGGUAAAACGUUGUUGGAGAUGUUUAGCAUAUCUUUCCAAGAAUGCGAUGCUAUCGGAGCCAAGACCUGUAAAGAGAUGGAAGCGGAAUAUAGUGAAUAUGUUGAGAAUAUUUUAGGGAAGCCUGUGCUCCUUGCAGGACCUGUUGUCCCUAAAACGCCAUCUUCUAUACUCGAUGACAAACUCCAUGGAUGGCUACAAGGUUUUGGUGCUGCUACUGUCAUAUAUUGUGCACUUGGAAGUGAAUGUAUUCUUCAACUUAACCAAUUUCAGGACCUACUUCUUGGCCUAGAGCUCACAGGUAGGCCAUUUUUGGCGGCCUUGAAACCUCCCAAGGACUACGAAACUGUAGAGUCGGCUUUGCCAGAAGGAUUUGCGGACAGAAUAAAAGAAAGGGGAAUCGUUGAUGGAGGUUGGGUGCAACAACAACUGAUCUUGCAACAUCCUUCAUUGGGAUGUUUUAUAACUCAUUGUGGUGUAGGAUCUCUAUCUGAAGCUAUGGCAAGUCAAUGUCAAGUGGUGCUGAUGCCUCAAGCUGUCGAUCAGUUCAUAAAUGCGAGGCAGAUGAGUUUAGAGUUGAAGAUAGGUGUCGAAGUUGAGCCAAGAGAGGAUAAUGGUGUGUUCACUAAGGAGGCGGUGAAUAAGGCGGUCUCCAUGGUGAUGGAUGAAGAUAGUGAAAUUGGGAAAGAAGUGAAGGUCAACCAUGCUAAAUGGAGAGAAUUCAUUUUAAAGGAAGGUUUGGAGGAUUCUUACAUCAGUAGCUUUAUUCAGAGUCUUCAUCAGUUGCUUGGAUGAACUCUUUCUUCAAGUAGAUAAAUUCAGAUUCAGAAUCUACUUCCCAGUUGUGCAAGAAGCUUUAAGCAUCUGUUUCAUGUUUGAAGUGUUGUGAUCAAUAAUUAAGCAAUUUGUGCGCUUUGGAGCUACUGAUUGUCAUUUUUCUACUUCUUCUCACUUUUCCAGGAAGGUUUAUGCAACUUUGAAUUGUAUGAUCAACAAUUAAGAAACUUUGAUAUGGUGCUAUUAUUGUUAUUAAAUUAAUACAGUAAAACAGUAUUAAAAGGUCGAAUAA